UAAAUGCAGCUGCAGCUCAUCUCCAGUCUGCCCCUCCACAGAGAACCAGAAACAUGGACCCACCUCGGCCCGCUCCUCUGGCCCUGCUCCUGGCCCUCGUCCUGGGCUUCACCGUCACAGCUCAGGCCUGGGACAAACUGGAGCAGUGCCAACACACAAUCUGCCCAAGAUUCACCCGUAAGGCACAACAUGAGACGUACGAGGAGCGUGUGUACGAGCCGACCAAGUGGAUCUGCACCGAGAUCCAACGGCCCAUCCUCCCUCUGGUGAUGGGAGCCCAAAAAACACUCAAAGAAUUCAGUGAGAGGAAGAGCCAGGAAAUAGGUAUAGACAUCGUUGAAGACACGUGGCCGGGGCUUCUGUACCAGGACAGUGGUAGGGGGAUGGGAUAUGGGAUGUGCUGGCUGGUUCGUCCUGAAGUCCCCCUCCCUGACAGUGACAGUGACAAGCUCCCAGUGAAAGUCAAGACGUUCCCCCAGACCACCAUGUUUGUCAGGUUGUUCAGUGGGCCCCCGUCUCUGGAGGAAGGUCAAGAAAACGCAGAGAAGCUGAAGGAGGAUCUGAGAAAAGCCGGAGAGACUUUCAACGACAACAUUUUCUACGGCGCUGGAUACGAGGGCUUCCUCUCUCUCACUCACCACAGCGAAAUCUGGAUCCCAAAAGCUUAAACUGCUGUGAGGAACCCACCGCCGCUUUAACUUCACUCUUAUUGUAUUUUCAAAGGUUCUAAAACUUAAAAGAGGCAUUGUGUAACUUUUCGCUGGCAGGGUUCAUAGGUGGAGGUUGUUAUAUUGUGUAGAGUCAGAGGUGGGGACUUGAGUCAGACUUGAGUCACUGUUUUUAGGACUUGAGACUUGACUUGAUAAAAUGGACCAAGACUAGGGACUUGACUUGAUAAAAUGGACUAAGACCUGGGACUGGACUCGGACUUGAGGCCUGUGACUUAAGAAGCACUUUUAAAUCUAAAUUCUUUCUCUUCUGACCGUAAUAAUUCACACUAAGAUCUUGCCAAGACAUUUAAAAACAACUACUACUAAUACUUUUCUACAACUCAAAUAUACUCUAUAAAUACUCAUAUAUAAAUAUACUAUGACUUUAUAAGUACAAUUGAUCUUAAAAUUCAUAUAAAUUGCAAAAAUCUAAGCUGUAUUUGUUACUUUGGUUUAAAGACUUGAAAUGACUUGAAGCUCAAAGCAGACGACUUGGACUUGACUUGAACUUAUGGGCCAGUGACUCGAGGCUCGACUUGGACUUGCCUGUAUUUGACUUGGGACUUGACUCGGACUUGAGGUCAAAGACUUGAGACUCGCAAAAGGAAGACUUGGUCCCACCUCUGGUUCAAGGUUUGGUCCAGGUUUGAGUCCCAGUUUAGUCCUGCUGUGGACUUGUUUUGGUCCUGUUCUAGUCCAGGUCUAGUCCAGGUCUAGUCCAAGUCUUAAAUUUGAUAUGUGUGCAAAAGUAAAUGCAUGAAGUAAAACGGCAAAUGAAGUAAUUUAUGAAGUACUUAACCCUGUGACUUACUGCUGUACUACAUAAAAGCACCACUCGAUGGCGCCACUGUACUGUGUCAUGUUACUGUACUUUAUCCUUUUUAUAUACUUAAUUAAAGAUGCACUGUGUAACUUUCUUGGUGGGUGAGUUUACCACCUGCUGUCUCCAUGGAGAUAUUACUGAAUUGCGUGGAAUGUCUUGGAAUGUUCCGCAGUGCAGCAUUAAACUUAUAUGUCACGUAUUUAUGCAACUGUAAUGUUUCUGUAUCGCUAAAAAAACACGCAUUCCCCUCUCCGCUGAUCUGACUUGUGACUUGGUCUGGUGACAUCAUCUGUUUAUCUCCAUGGAAGUAGGUACGUUUAAUGCCAUACUGUGGAAUAUCAUCUCCAUGGAGACAAGCACCAGAAAAGUGACACAGCAAAAGCAAAAAUGGAAUAGAAAAAGCGCUUCCUUUUUGAGGUGACAUUGUUUCGAUAAAUGAGCAUUCUUAUUGUUUUGGUGAAUAAAAGUGACUCCAGA